AUGGCCCAGGACAGCGACGCGCCCAAGGCGGUUGACAAGGGCAAGGGGAAGGCUGUGGACGAGCCCAAGGAUGAGAAGCCAGUUUUGAACGGCAAGAAGGAGGAUGGAAAGAAGGACGCUGCAGAGGAGGAGCUUAAUGAAGAGGACCAGCAGCUCAAGAAUGAGCUCGACAUGAUGGUAGAGCGGCUUACGGAGUCGAACACGGAGCUGUACAAGACUGCCCUCGAGGCCAUGAAGACCUCGAUCAAGACCUCGACAUCAUCAAUGACGGCAGUGCCGAAACCACUCAAGUUCCUACGACCGCACUACGAGACGUUGACGAAGCUCUACGAUGGGUGGCCAGCCGGAGAGAACAAGACGUCUUUGGCGGACGUGCUGUCCGUCAUUGGCAUGACGUACUCGGACGAGGACAGACAAGACACACUCAAGUACCGGCUGCUCGCCCCUUCAUCUGAUAUCAUCUCCUGGGGACACGAGUAUGUUAGGCAUCUGGCUCUCGAGAUCGGAGAGGUGUACGGAAAGCGCAUCACUGCCGAUGAACCUACCAAGGAUCUGGUGGACCUCGCCCUGAUCCUGGUUCCCCAAUUCAUCAACAGCAACGCUGAAGCCGACGCUGUUGAUCUCAUGAGCGAGCUGGAGAUUAUCGAGCAGAUCCCCAAGUAUGUGGACGAAAACACUUACUCCAGAGUCUGCCUGUACAUGGUCAGCAUGGUCAACCUGCUCACCUACCCCGACAACGAGACCUUCCUGCGCACAGCACACAACAUUUACAUGGAGUACAAGCAGUUUACGCAAGCCAUGGUGCUUGCUAUCCGGCUACAUGACAUCGAUCUCAUCCGCGCCGACUUUGACAAGGCCGAGGACCCCGCACUGAAGAAGCAACUCGCCUUCCUGAUUGCCCGCCAGAGGAUAGUCAUGGAGCUCCCGGAGGACACCUUGGACGAGCAGGAGAGCGCGGAAUGCCUCUCGAACCUUAAGUUGUCGGAGCAUUUCAAGUCUCUCGGAAAGGAACUGAACAUCCUGGACCCGAAGACCACCGAGGACAUCUACAAGAGCCAUCUGGAGAGCAGUCGCGUGGCGGGUAUGACCAACUUGGACUCGGCCCGACACAACCUGGCGUCGGCUUUCGUGAACGCUUUUGUCAACGCCGGUUUCGGCAACGACAAGAUGAUGCUGGUGGACGGCGAGAAAGAGACAUGGGUCUGGAAGACCAAGGCAGAUGGCAUGAUGUCCACUGUCGCUUCUAUGGGCACGCUGCUUCUGUGGGACAUUGAGAACGGACUGGACAAGAUCGACAAGUACACGUACUCACCAGAGCCGGAGAUCUCUGCUGGUGCUAUGCUUGCCAUCGGCAUCAUGAAUUCCGGCGUGCGGAUAGACUCCGAGCCGGCGCUGGCGCUUCUUGGCGACGCGGAAAAGCUGCAGCACUCUAACCCCAUGAUCAGGACAGCGUGCAUCAUGGGCCUUGGACUGUCAUAUGCUGGAUCCAACAAGGAGGACCUGCUCGACCUGCUACUCCCCAUUAUCAGCGAUUCGUCGCAGGAGAUGCAGAUCUCGGCCAUGGCAGCCCUCGCCUGCGGCUUGAUCUUUGUCGGCUCCUCCCACCCCGAGGUGUCCGAGGCCAUUGUCACGACUCUUAUGGACGAGGACCGGAAGAAUCAACUGACGGACAAGUGGACGAGGUUCUUGGCGCUGGGUCUGGGAUUGCUGUUCUUUGGGCGGCAAGAAGAGGUCGAUGUCAUCUUGGAGACGCUUAAGGCUGUGGACCACCCGAUGGCGAAGCCGACGGCGGUGCUGGCUGAGAUUUGUGCCUGGGCAGGCACCGGCGCCGUCCUCAAAAUCCAGGAGCUUUUGCACAUCUGCAACGAGCACAAGGAGGAGUCAGACGACAAGAAGGGCGACGAGCUCCUUCAGGCUUACGCCGUGAUUGGCAUCGCUCUGGUGGCAAUGGGCGAGGACGUCGGGCAGGAGAUGGUUUUGCGGCAGUUUGGGCACCUGAUGCACUACGGCGAGGCCAACAUCCGCAAGGCAGUUCCUCUCGCUAUGGGCUUGAUCAGUCCCAGCAACCCUCAGAUGAAGGUGUACGAUACGCUGUCGAGAUACAGCCACGACAACGACCCCGAGGUGGCCAUCAACGCCAUCUUCGCCAUGGGCAUGUUGGGCGCGGGCACCAACAACGCCAGGCUGGCACAGCUUCUGCGACAGCUUGCCAGCUACUACCACCGCGACCAAGACGCGCUCUUCAUGGUCCGCAUCGCGCAGGGUCUGCUUCACAUGGGCAAGGGAACGCUGUCUAUCAACCCGUUCCACACCGAUCGUCAGGUGCUGUCCCACGUGGCCGCGGCCGGCCUCCUGGCGACCAUGGUCGCCAUGAUCGACCCCAAGGAGUUCAUCUGCUCCACGUCACACUACCUCCUCUACUUCCUGGUGCCCGCCAUGCACCCGCGUUUCCUCGUCACGCUUGACGAGAGCUUGAAGCCCCUCAAGGUCAACGUGCGUGUCGGUCAGGCAGUGGACGUCGUCGGCCAAGCUGGGCGACCCAAGACCAUCACGGGCUGGCAGACGCAGAGCACGCCGGUCCUGCUGGGCUACGGGGAGCGCGCCGAGCUGGAAGACGAGCAGUACAUUAGCCUCAACAGCACACUGGAGGGCCUGGUCAUCCUGCGAAAGAACCCCGAGUGGGAAGACGGAAAAUAG